GUCAAAAUAUCCAUGAUUGAAAACACAAUAUGGUGGGGCCUACCCUUGUGUGGAGAAUCCGAUUAAUAAUAGUGGAUGACGUGCUAUUUGUUUCUCACCGUUGGAUUGAGCUGAGGGUCCAUCCAGAUUUAAUUGGCCGUCUUCAUCUCUCUGCUUGUCAGUCUGUCUCAGACCAGCGCAAUCAAUUUUCUCCGAGGGAGUCCAUCAUUAACGUUAAGAAAAGGGAAACCAUGUUGGGGAAUGGAGUUAUUGGAAUCUUGGACGAGUCCUCAAACAAGUGGGAAAGAAGGGCACCUCUAACCCCUGCACAUUGUGCUCGACUUCUGCUCCAAAGCCGGAAUGGAACUGGAGUUACCCGCAUAAUUUUGCAGCCAUCUACAAGGCGCAUAUAUCACGAUGGACUGUAUGAGGAAGCUGGCUGUGAAAUUUCAGAUGACUUGUCUGAAUGUGGUCUCAUUUUGGGAAUUAAGAAGCCAAAGCUGGAGAUGGUUCUUCCUAAUAGAGCCUAUGGCUUCUUUUCACAUACCCACAAGGCCCAGAAAGAAAAUAUGCCUCUGUUAGAUAAGAUCCUGGCUGAAAAGGUGUCGCUAUUUGAUUACGAGCUUGUUGAUGGGAAUACAAAGAAAAGGUUGAUUGCUUUUGGGAAAUUUGCUGGUAGAGCUGCUCUAAUUGACUUGUUACGAGGACUAGGACAACGGUACCUAAGUCUUGGAUUCUCAACACCUUUCCUCUCACUGGGUCAAUCUUAUAUGUAUACUUCCUUGGCUGCUGCCAAGACUGCUGUAAUUUCUGUGGGUGAAGAGAUUGCAACCCUGGGACUUCCAUCAGGGAUAUGUCCACUGGUUUUUGUCUUCACUGGAUCUGGAGAUGGUUCUACUGGUGCACAAGAGAUCUUUAAGCUUCUUCCUCACUCUUUUGUCAAGCCAAGUGAACUUCCCGAAUUGUUUGAGAAGGCCAAGGAUUGUGCUCAACCUGGAUCCACAAAGAGAGUCUUCCAAGUUUAUGGAUGUGUUGCAACACAUGAAGACAUGUUUGAACACAAAACUAAUAAGGAAGUAUUUGACAAAUCCGACUACUAUGCACAUCCUGAAGACUACACUUCAGUUUUCCAUGAAAGGAUAACCCCCUAUGCAUCGGUUAUUGUUAAUUGCAUUUAUUGGGAGAAAAGGUUUCCGCGGUUGCUGAGUACCCAACAGCUUAAGGAUCUGGUGAGUAAAGGCUGCCCCCUUGUUGCAAUCUCAGAUUUAACUUGCGACAUGGGAGGUUCAAUUGAGAUUGUUAACCGAACUACAACAAUUGACUCACCUUUCUUCAGGUAUGAUGCUGUAAAUGAUACAUACCAUGACAACAUGGACGGCGAAGGCAUCCUAUGUUCUGUUGUCGACAAUCUCCCUACACAGUUUGCAAGAGAGGCUUCCGUGCAUUUUGGAGGCCUAUUGUCGCAAUUCGUUGGCAGCUUAGCUUGUAUGCAGGACCUCACAAAGUUACCAGCACACCUCCAGAGAGCUUGCAUAGCCCAUGGAGGAGCACUUACUCCCUUAUAUGAUUAUAUUCCCAGCCUGAGAAACUCUGUUGAUGAUGAGAGUGAACUUUCAAGUUUGCACCCUUGAAAGAGUGGUGUUGGGACUUUUUUUUUCUCUUCAAAUAAUAACUCAAUGAUUUUUGAGUAGCUGAUUGAACUAGACAGGUUUUCUCCAAUAAUUUCAUUUUGAACAUCGUCUUGACAGCAGUAUAUUUGCUUCAAUUACAAUCUCAGCUUUUGUUA